AUGUGUAAAAAUAAAGUCCAUAAUAUAGAAACUGUCGAGGAUAAAAAAAGUCAAGAGGAGGAGGAUGAUACUCUUGAAUUGGGAUUAAUAUCUAUUAAUCGAAUUGAGAGUUCAACAAGAUUUGUACCACUGUUAGGUCGAAAUUGGUUAGAUAUUGUAAACCCGCAUUGGAAAGAACUCAUCUCCAACCAAGUCGAGUCGAAAGUUGGUAGCAUUAAGGAAAUAAGAACGGAGAAUUUGGAGCAAAUAAAAAAAUGUAUUGAGGUUAUCAAACAAAAGUUCUCUAAGGUAUUUUCAGACUCAGGCUCAUGUAUCAAGGACUUUAAAGUUGAUAUUCAAUUGAAAUCGGAUGUAAAGCCUAUAUUUCAUUGCGCAUAUGAAAUGCCGUUUAGUCUCAGAUCUAAAGUUGAGUUAGAAUUGUCAAAACUAAUCAAAGCAGGUAUAUUAUCUAAGACAUUGAACAAAGUUAUUGAAAGUGAUCAUUGUGUCUUACCAUUACCAACUGAUAUUUUCGCGUGUUUAAGUGGAAAUAAAUACUUCACGGUAAUUGAUCUACAGGGAGCCUACCAACAAUUAGAAAUAAGCGAAUACUCUAAGGAACUCUUUACUAUAAACACUCAUAUGGGUCUUUUUCGUUAUAAUAGAUUAACUUAUGGAGUUAGUUCGGCACCGGGUAUUUUCCAGACAAUCAUGGAAACUAUUCUAGCGGGUUUAUCUAACACAAAAUGUUAUCUGGAUGAUAUCCUGGUAUACGGAGCAACGUUAGAAGAGUGUCAUCAAAAUGUACAAAAAGUUAUGUCCCGUUUGGAAAAAUAUAAUGUUAGA